AUGUUUUUUGUCGAUGUCUACAUUAUUUACACAUACAAAGAUGGAACAUGCUCAAACCUCACAUAAAAUAGUGGCUUUGCGGGCGAUAAGCUUAUCAUAACACCAGACAAUAUUGAGGGGGGACCGUUUCUUUCUACUGGCGUCUUUUUCUAACUCUAGAUGGCAGCAUUACUGCAUCUAUUCGCUAGUAAGGAUACAUACAUUUACUAUUGAUUUUGAUAAUCUAUUUUACAAUCAUUUGUGUGUGCUGAGAUGGAAACGUGUUUGUCAUUGAAUGGGAAAGAGACUGUAUUUGUGUGAAAUCUCAUUGAGUUUAGCCCUACAACAUUUAGGGGCGGUGUUUCCAUAAAAUACUGUCAACAACAGCUGCUGCGAAGCAGGGUGACAACCAAGACCCCUAUGAAGGAAAGGGGUGGCUUUGACGGUCACGGUUUGCUUGCCGAAAGCCAACAAUAAAAAGGCUAAAGGUCAAACUAGACAUUAAUAGGAUUUGGCAAGAAUCGGAUAACAGUGACAAUACAUUGCAUGAGUUACAACAGAUUUGCUCAGCAGAGCGAGGCAGACUACCUAAAUAUGAAAUGGACUCGCAGACCAAAACCAGAUUACCUGCUAAAUUUGCAAGACUGACAGCCUGCUAUGCUAACCCUAAACCAGGCAACUACCCCUGCUGUGGGAGUGGAGAGGGCGGUGUUUCACUGAAGUCACAGUCUCAGUAUAGUGCCAACACACCAGUCAUAAUGCAACCAUAAACCAAGAUUAGCAGCUCAUUCUCCACAAGUUAGCUUGACUAGCUAGCUCGCUUGUUCACGUCCACCGCGCUUUAUGUAAUGUUCUUUUACGGCCACUUUCUUCUCUACUCCGAAAAGAAGAGGAGCAGGAACUGAAACGGAAAAAGAUAUUGUACGUGGAACACCAGCGUUGCUAUCAUGAUUAAGCUUUGCCUACAGAGGUCUUUACGACCCGCCGUCCUCCUGUCCCGAUCAGCGCUGGAUCCGGCGGUCACCGUCAGAAAGGUUCCGAUCGUGCCCCAUAUUCACAGCUGCCAGAUGGGUACCCGCGGGCGCAACGAGCCCCGCGAGCCCCUGAACUCCCCAAAGAGUGCAAAGGACUUCAUCUACAGCUUGCACCCCAAGGAGAGGACGUGCUUGCUCAUGGAACUGCAGAGCUUCGAGUCCAUAGCCAUAGCUCAAGAGACGUUGCAGCCUACUCCGCCCACAAGAGCACAGAUCAAAUAUGUUCUCUUCCAUAACUCCAUCCCCUUCGUUGGUUUUGGUUUCCUAGACAACGCCAUCAUGAUAGCAGCCGGCACCCAGAUUGAGAUGUCUAUAGGGAUCACCUUUGGCAUAUCCACCAUGGCAGCUGCUGCCCUCGGCAACCUGGUGUCGGACCUGGCCGGACUGGGGCUGGCAGGCUAUGUGGAGGCCCUAGCCUCCAGGUUAGGGAUGCAGGGCCCUGAUCUCACCCCCAAGCAGGCGGACAUGUGGCAGACCAGAGUCAGCUCUCACAUGGGUAAGGCCAUUGGAGUGACGAUCGGCUGCAUCCUGGGGAUGUUCCCCCUCUUCUUCCUCAGCGAUGAUGACGAGGAGGAGAAGAAGAAGAGGAAGGCAGCCCUAACAGCCCCAAACGCCUAGGUCCUGCUACCACCCUGACCCCUGACCCCUGACCCAGCCCGUCUCAUACACAGGAACCAGACAAGCUACAGUGACCUGGUUCAAGACUACACUCCCACAGGGGGCCGUGUUUAAAGACUACAAUUCCCUAGAGGUGACCUGACCGAAUGUCCAUCUUGGGAGUCUAAUAGUAAUUAUGCAACGUGGAAGACGACACAAGAAAUGAACUGUACAAAACGAGAGAAAAGUCGGAACGUUUACCUGCUACCUCCAUAGGUCUUUGUGAUGUCAUUGAAGAGAUUGCAUGAAACUGAGUUUAACCAUCUCAUCUCAACUUUUCUUUCUUCCAAGAACAAAGUUGUCUGUUUUAGAUUGUAAUACUGUAUAUAUGGUAUUAUGUAGUACUGUGGUAAUUUGUAGUACUGUAUAUAUGGUAUUUGAAGUGAUAUGUUCUGAAUGUGGGGGGAGGAAGGAGAUAGUUUGAAUGAGGAGAUUUCGUGGCACUACUACAUCUGUUUCUGAAUGGAGCUAAACCCAAACACUACUUAGAGCAGCAGACACAGUACUAAAGCGGCUCAAGCCUCUCUGGUGUAGUGAUGCCGAGGGAGAACGGAAGCAUCCAGAUAGACAAGUGGAAACGAGGAUGAUGGUGCUGAAGGUGACAACCCAGAUUCAAGCCUGUUCUUCUGGAAAGUUCAAGGACACCCGACUGCACAAUGUCGUUAGAGGAAGGUUGGGCUGCAGUACUGGAAUAUGAGCACUGAAAAUGAGCAAUAAUUUUAAUGAUGCCACAACUACACAGAAAGCAAACUUUGUAUUCAUUUGUUUUGGUCAUUUUCAGUAGUUAUUUCAGUUUUAUAAAUAGGUCUGUAUAGAGAUUUGAAAUAGGGAUGGCUUUACAGAUCUUUUUGAAUGAAAAUAUCAAUUUCAAGUAUUUUAUUGACAAUGUAAUCAUGAGAUUGUUUUAUGUGACAUUAGAGAUUUCCAAAUGUAGUUAGCUAGUUGGUAAACAUUUUUAUAUUUAUAGUUGGUAAACAUUUUUAUAUUUAUAGUAUCUAUCGUCUCGUGUUUUUGACAAGCUGAAUUACUUUAUGGACUUUUAUUUAACCCCCCCAACUACAGAUACCAAUGUACCUUACCUAACAAACGCACAAAACAAAACACAAAGCUAGUCACCUUGAUUUAGCGUUUGCUGAUCUCUCGUGAUAGCUGGAGCUCCAAAGUUGUUUCGCCAAAAAACGAAAUAUGAACCUGCCGUUGGAUGUCGUGAUUAAACUGGAGGUCUUGAUCGAAGCAUAUCGUGAAGGUAAUUAAAGUUGAUCUCUAAUCAAAUGUGGUG